UUUGGUUGAAAGAUAAAAGAAAAAUACGACAUGUAGGGCACACAUUAUGAGCUGUACUUGGACACACGCAUCAACAUGAAAUUUAUAAGCGGUGCUUGUCUGCUUUUCUGCAUUUAUUACAUAGCCGAAGCAGUUCCGGUGAAAGAUGAGUCAAGGUUUUGUGAAGAGGAAUUAAAGUGCAUACAAGAAUUGAAACUGGACAAAUCAUACAUUGAAUCCAUCAUCACCGACGAUUCCUCCAGAUUUCUUCCAGAAGACGAUGACGUUUUCAACACAUACUUGCAUUGCUAUUGGAAAGCGAGAAAUUUCCAAAACGAAAAGGGCAUCUUGGAUUUUGAUAACAUUAUGGAGUCGAUUCAGUUCUUUCCGCGCAAGCAUUUUGGUGGAAGACCCAAUGACGACAGUCCAAUCGGAGUGGAAAUUGCGGCGGCCGCUAUAGAAGAUUGCAAACAUGUUCCUGGAGGCGAAUCACAUGGACAAACUGCGGUGAAGAUGCAAAAUUGUAUUGACAGGCGUAUGAUGGAGUUGGUAGAGAAGGAAAAGUAGGUUGUUAGUUAUUGAUUAUUUAUUUGUUUUGGUUAACAGUUAAAUUGGUUUAUGUGAUAUUUUUCGGUAAUCUGAAUAAAACCAUAUUUUAGAAGGUUGA